AUGGUUGUUGCUAUACGUUAUGUAGAUAAAAAAGGUUGUAUUAUAGAGAGAUUUCUCGGUAUUUCUUAUGUCACUGAUACCAAAGCCACUACACUUAAGAAGGAGAUUGAGUCAAUGCUUGGGUUACAUGGAUUGAGUUUGUCAAGGAUAAGGGGGCAGGGAUAUGAUGGAGCUAGCAAUAUGAGAGGAGAAAUUAACGGGUUGAAAUCUUUAAUUCUGGAAAGAGAAUCCAUCUGCUCAUUAUAUUCAUUGCUUUGCUCACCAACUUCAGUUAACACUGGUUGCUCUUGCGAGAAAUCAUGGGGAAGUCAACCGCUUCUUUGGUCAUGUCAUUGCCUUGAUUAA